GUCGGAUCUGGGCAGAGCCAGCACCUCUAGAGCAGAAUCAGAGCCGCCGCCGCCGUGUGCUAGUACCGAGCAGCCAUGCCCAGAUACGAAAUGGCUCUGAUCCUCAAGGCCAUGCAGAGGCCUGAAACCGCUGCUACAUUAAAGCGUACGAUUGAGGCUCUCUUCGAAGGGGGGGCUGUUGUACGCAACCUGGAAAAUUUAGGAGAAAAAGCUCUUCCAUACAAAAUCUCCAAGCACAACUUGCGGCACACUCGAGGAGGGUAUUUCUUGAUAGAUUUCCAUGCCCCUCCGACCAUCAUUCCAAGCAUGUUGGACCACUUGUCUCGGGAUAUUGAUGUCAUCAGACCGACAAUCCUGAAACAGGAGCAGCAGAAGGAAGAGAAAGAGUGUCCGGGAAUCCUCCCAGUCAACCUCGAGGCCAAGUUCAAGAGCAGGCGAAAAUGAUCCCCACUUUAGUCCUUGUAUAAAGCAUGUAUAUUUGUAUGAGCUUUAAUAAAUAAAUGUCUUUACCAGUG